CUAUAUCUUUUUCUCCAACUAUACUGUUCGCGUGAACCGCUAGGUAGGCAACGUUGUAUUUUACUCACCUUUUGUCUUCUCAACGGCUCGCAUACUUGAUCGACUUGAAUGUUGGCGAUCUUGACUCGUUUCAGACUGGCUGCAAAUUUUUAUUUUAUUGAGUCACUACGAGAACGUCUGCCGGUUCGGUUUUUAUGUGGUAAACAGAAAGUGUGACUUUAGUGCUAUUUGUUUUUUUUUAUUUGGAACCUUUGGAUACUGAUUGGGAACAACCAUGGUGUCCAGCAAACUGAUGAACGUCAGGGUGACCACCAUGGACGCGGAGUUGGAGUUCGCCAUCCAACAAACGACGUCCGGGAAACAACUUUACGACCAGGUGGUGAAAACCAUCGGUUUAAGGGAGGUCUGGUUUUUCGGGCUACAGUACACCGACUCCAAGGGUGAUCUCACCUGGAUCAAACUCUAUAGAAAGGUUAUGAGCCAAGAUGUAAAAAAAGAAAAUCCCCUUCAGUUCAAAUUUCGCGCCAAAUUCUACCCAGAAGACGUUGCACAGGAGUUGAUACAAGACAUCACUCUCCGAUUGUUCUAUCUUCAAGUUAAAAAUGCAAUUUUGUCAGACGAGAUAUAUUGUCCUCCAGAAACGUCCGUCCUUUUGGCGUCCUACGCUGUCCAAGCCAGGCACGGGGAUUACCAAAAACACCUUCACUCUCCAGGGUUCCUAACGAAUGACAGGUUACUACCUCAAAGAGUAAUGGACCAACACAAGAUGUCAAAAGACGAAUGGGAAAACAGCAUAAUGACAUGGUGGAAGGAACACAAGGGCAUGUUGAGAGAAGAUGCCAUGAUGGAGUAUUUAAAAAUAGCGCAAGAUCUUGAAAUGUACGGUGUAAACUAUUUCGAAAUUCGCAACAAAAAAGGAACCGAAUUGUACCUUGGCGUCGACGCCCUUGGACUUAAUAUUUAUGAAAAAGAUGACCAGUUAACACCAAAGAUUGGUUUCCCCUGGUCCGAAAUUCGAAACAUAUCUUUCAACGACCGCAAAUUUAUCAUCAAACCCAUCGACAAGAAGGCUCCCGAUUUCGUAUUCUUCGCGCCUCGCGUGCGCAUCAACAAGCGCAUCUUGGCUCUUUGCAUGGGUAACCACGAGCUCUAUAUGCGCAGACGCAAGCCCGACAGCAUCGACGUUCAACAAAUGAAGGCGCAAGCGCGCGAGGAUAAAUUGGCUAAACAACAACAGCGAGAAAAGUUGCAAUUUGAAAUCGCCGCGAGGGAAAGGGCUGAAAAGAAACAGCAGGAGUAUGAAGAUAGAAUUAAAGCCAUGCAGGAGGAGAUGGAACGGAGCCAAGCCAAUCUCCUUGAAGCGCAAGAAAUGAUCAGGCGGUUGGAGGAACAACUCAAACAGCUGCAGGCGGCCAAGGAAGAGCUAGAAAAGAGGCAAAACGAAUUGCAAGCCAUGAUGGAAAGAUUGGAGGAGAGCAAAAACAUGGAAGCUGCUGAAAGACAAAAACUCGAAGAUGAGAUUAAGGCCAAACAAGUGGAGGUGCAGCGCAUACAAGAAGAAGUCGAAGCUAAAGACUCUGAAACAAAACGACUUCAAGAGGAAGUCGAAGCUGCCAGACGCAAGGAAGAGGAGUUGAAACAGCAGCAACUCGCUAACGCGACCAAAGGUCAUCUAGAAGAGAACGACCACAAUGAAGAUGACGAAAUGGUUAACGGUGGUGUCAGCAAAGAGCUUAACACCGAUGAGAGCAUCGUUGAUCCCAUCGAAGACAGAAGGACACUUGCUGAGAGGAAUGAACGUUUGCAAGAUCAGUUGCAGGCUUUGAAAAAGGACCUCGCACAAUCUCGCGACGAAACUAAAGAAACUGCCAUGGAUAAGAUCCACAGGGAAAAUGUCCGUCAAGGAAGGGAUAAGUACAAGACCCUUCGUGAAAUCCGUAAGGGUAAUACCAAGCGCCGAGUGGACCAGUUUGAAAAUAUGUAAAUCCAUUUUACCUGCAAAUCAACGUUUCAGAGUCCUACUUUUUUGAUAAAAAAAAAUGUACUAAUGAACCUUUAAAUGCUCAACACGAGAUAAUGUUUCAAAAUACUUUUUAAAAAAUAAGUUUUAAGUUUCGGUUCAGUUUUACUUAUGCGCUAAGUAUUAUCCAUUCUUUUCCUUUUUUUAGAUACACGAGCCCUUUUGGCUCUAUUAAGUGGCCUUAGAAUUUUAUUACCUUUAUUUGCUUUGUUAGAUUAUCGCUUUUUAUAUAAUAUAUAUUUAACAAUGUUAUACGAAAUUGUUUUUUCCAUUAUGUUGUGAUAAAAACGAAUUUGGUCAAUUGGAAGAAGAUCGGGCCACGAAUAUGUAACAAUGGCCCGAACUGAACUGAUAGAAAAACAAAAAUAAAUUAACACUCCAGAUCUGCAAUAUUUUUCUUAUAAAAGGACGCAUUCCAAUUUAUGAGUAGUUUUCUAUGUUUUUUUUUUUAAUAAUAAUGUUAGUGCCAUUCGGUGAUCAAGCUAUGCUAAAAAUAAAAUUCCUAAAAAUAUCUGUCUCUAUAAAUAAAAUUGUUAAAUGUACAGUUUGUCCCAAACGUCAAAUUUUUUUAAAUCUUUGAUCAAUAUUUUUUUUAUGAUACUAGUGUCAUAGAAUAUUUUAUCUGCGAUCAUAUAAACAAUUUUAAAUUUAUAGAACACAUUUUUUUUUAGAUUCUUGAAAUUCUUGAUUUUUCUCAUUUAUUUAUUGGAACUUUAAAUGAAUCGAUUCGUUACAUUGAAAAUAAAUCGGCUAACUAAUUUGAAUCAAUUAUAAAUAUAUUCAUGCAACUUAUAUUGUGAAAUAAUGAUAACCAUAUUUUAAAGACUCACAGUCGGUUGCAACAAUGUUCAUUGAAAUUUAUGGGUGUGACAAACUUUGAAAAAGCUUGAAUGUGAUCUGUCUAGAUGACAUGAACCUAAUAGAAUUAUGGAAUCAUUAAACUAUUGAGAGAUUGAAUGAAAUGUAUGAUGCGUAGAUUCAUAUAUAAUUUAUAAACUAUCUUAAGUGAUCGUAGGUAAAAAAUGUGUUUAAAAACAACAUUUUUUUAAAUUAUUUAACGUUUAGGACGCUGAACGAUUAACGUGGAACGUUCUCAAAUCAUUUUUGGCUAAUAUUUUACCGAUCAGUAGGCUCUUGAAUUGUCCCGAUUUAAUUUGCAAUCUUUCUGAGUAAUUUUAGGUUUUAAAUUUAUUUUUUAUUGAGUCGGAUACAAUCAACGAGUUAUUCACUUUAAUGUUCAGAUUAUAUAUAUUUUUACAAUUCUUAUUCUAGUGACUUGGCCUCUGGUGCUUCCUAAAAAUGUAAUCUUGUGUGUGACAAUCUACAUUUCGUUAAUUUCUGUUUUCAAAUAAUGCAACCGAAUUCCGAAUAUUUCUUAAUUGUAUUCAACAAAUUGAAAAGUUUUGUGUAAUGAUGAUGUACACCAAUUAAUUAUCUGCCAAAAAGUCUCAAUAAAUAUUUCUAUUUUUUAGAACAAUAAAUAUUUCUAUUUUCCUAGAAUUUAUACCACUGAAAAUAGCGCUUGUCCUAUAAAGAGGGCUAUGUGUUAAUAGUAAAUAGCUUUUCAAAAAGUGUCUCGUAUUAAAAUAAGCUUCAUCAUAACGUCAAUUUGAGAUUUAUCGUCAUUUUAUGUCAAAAAGUCAAUUUUUGCGACAAAUAUCACUCUUGUACUAUUUUUCAAUUAAUAUAAGUAAAUAAUAAACACUAGCUUAUCUUUUUUGCUAGUUCAGUAGGUAAUGAAUAAAUGAUACAUGUUUAACAUUGUAUUUAAACAGAACUCUUCAAUUUUUCUGAACUGUUGCAUUUUAGCUAAAAAAUUCCAUCCAUAAUCAUCCAUUCUUAUUGUUUUGAAAUUAAAUUGUCUUAUUGUAGAUGUUGCACAAUAACUACUUUGUGUAAAUAACGGUUUUCAUCAUGUAAUUGUUUUCGAAGUUGUAAAGUAAAUGAUUCUUGAAAUUUUCGUCGAACAUUGACGUUUGUUUGCAACUUUGCGAGUUGUGUAUAUAAAAAAUUGUAUACCACGUUGCCUUUUUGUAGAUUAGAUUAUUUUGGAUGAUAUUUUACACAUUUAGUAUUGUAAGUAAUUGAUAAACAUUUGAGUUUCGGUUAAGGAAGUCCAUUUUUCUACAAAUGGUGAACAAAAUAGUUUGUUAAAAAAAAAAAUGGCCAGAAAUGAAAACUUUUUAUAUUCAUUGAAUGGCUAUAUUUGGAAUUUUAUACACUUUUAUAAUUUUUCUAUUGUUAACACCUUGUCAAUUGUCAGCGACCAUUUGUAUAUUAUACUUAAAACUACUCUUGUAGUUGUCUAAUAUUUCUAUUCUAAAUAGUUCAACAGUUAUGUAUUUCUAAGG